UACUUCAGGGCGGGAGUACAGUCUUCCAGCAGCACAGCUCUGGAGCGACUCUGGCAGCCGUGGCGGCCGCCUCUCACCCUCCCACGUCCCGCUCUCAGUACCCGGGCAGUGCGCUGCUGAUGCCGCCAUCACUCCCCCGUUCACCCUCACUACCUCCGCUGAACAGCUCCUCUCUUCACCGGGGCUUUCACCUGUUACCCGUUAACCGCGAAACAACAACUCUGGACAUCCCAAUAAGCCACCGAGUAGUGCUCCUCGUACCCUCCGUGUCUGAAUGACGGGUGGUCGGUUCGACUUCGACGAUGGUGGCACCUACUGCGGAGGCUGGGAGGACGGCAAAGCCCACGGCCAGGGUGUGUGCACCGGACCCAAGGGCCAGGGCGAGUACUCGGGCUCCUGGUCCAACGGCUUCGAGGUGGUCGGGGUCUACACCUGGCCCAGCGGGAACCUGUACCAGGGCUACUGGGCGCAGGGGAAGCGCCACGGACUCGGCGUGGAGAGCAAGGGGAGGUGGAUUUACCGCGGAGAGUGGACCCACGGGUUCAAGGGCCGGUACGGGGUCCGGCAGAGCCUGAACACACCGGCCAGGUACGAGGGCACCUGGAGCAACGGACUGCAGGACGGGUACGGCGUGGAGACGUACGGGGAUGGAGGUACGUACCAGGGCCAGUGGACCGGUGGGAUGCGUCAUGGCUACGGCGUGCGUCAAAGUGUUCCAUACGGAAUGGCCUCAGUCAUCCGCUCACCUCUACGGACCUCGUUGUCUUCCCUCCGCAGUGAGCAGAGUAACGGUACAGUCCUGCGUGACAGCCUGUCCGACAGCCCCGCCGGCACACGCGGCGGCUUCGUACUCAACUUCCACUCGGACGGAGAAGGUUCAGAGAAGAAGAAGGGUCUUUUUCGCCGCGGCUCCCUCUUUGGGAGUCUUCAGCGACUGCGCAAAUCGGACUCGCGCUCGUCGAUUUCCAGCAAGCGCAGCUCGGCGCACAGCGACACCAACAUGAGCCGCAUCAGCUCGAGCGACGCAAACUCCACCAUCAGCUUCGGAGACGGAGACCCCGUCGAUGACUACCUGCCUCUGGAGGACAACGUGGACGCCACCACCACCGAGUCCUACAUGGGCGAGUGGAAGAACGACAAGCGCAGCGGCUUCGGCGUCUCCGAGCGCUCCAACGGCAUGAAGUACGAAGGCGAGUGGUUGAACAAUAAGCGCCACGGCUACGGCUGCACCAUCUUUCCCGACGGAAGGAAGGAAGAAGGGAAGUACAAGAACAACGUGCUGGCCCGCGGCAUCAGGAAGCAGCUGAUCCCGCUGAAGAACACCAAGACCAAACAGAAGGCGGAUCGAGCCAUCGAGGGAGCAGUGAGAGCAGCAGCUAUCGCCAGAACCAAAGUAGAGAUUGCCAUCUCCAGGACGUCCCAUGCGCGGGCUAAAGGAGAGACAGCAGACCAGGCUGCACAGUCAGCCGGUCAGGAUUCUGAUAUCGCCAGAGCCGUGGCCAGAGAGCUGUCCCCGAACUUCCAUCAGCCAGGCCCUGACUACGUACGGCAGAAGUACAACGAGCCAGUGGAAGUGAAGGAGGUUGUGGAGGAGAAAAAGGAGAAAUCUCCAUCAGGGAGCCCUCAUUUCUACCGGAAAGGCACAACGCCCGACCCGUCUCCGUCUCCGAGCCCAGUUCCCAGCCCCACUCCUUCACCCGUUGCUGCUGUUAAAAAGAGCUUUUUUAGCAGUAAAACUCCCGCCGCUAUUGCUCCUGCUGGGAAAGAGAACGCAACCCCAACAGCUGAAUCUUUGACAGCAGGCAUAACAAAGGCAGCAUCAAAUGUUUCUCUCAGACAGGAAGUGAGGCAACAGGAGGCUCCUCCAGCCACGACAGCCAGCAGUUACCCCAGCAACGGGCAGAUUCACUCCCAGUACCACGGUUACUAUGUCAAGGCGGAUGUCAAGAGUCCGCCACCCGAGGAACCAAUCGGCGUGGAGGACGAACUUCAUCCGUCGAGCUAUGCGUCCUUGCCCCCACCUGCCAAAAAGAUGUGGGCGCCAGCGCCAAAAUCCCUGCCGGCCCCGAGCCCUUCACCAGAGAGCACCAAAGCACCGGAGCCUCCCAAGCCAAAAAGAGUGGAAUCAACGAGACCAAAGAGCCUCGCAGAAACCAAGAAAGCUAGUAUGGAAAUAGCUCCUGAAAUUGUAGAGGAGGAGUCGGGCCCGAACUCUGUCUUGGUGGCUCUAGUGAUGCUGCUGAACGUAGGUCUAGCAAUCAUUUUUGUCCAUUUCCUCACCUGACCAAAUCUGAACUCAGUGGACUCGUCCAAACUAGUCGCCCAAGUCGCUAACUCUCCAUCAGCCAAAGGGGCCUUUUAAAAAAAAAAAAAAGGCGCCCCUCAGAACGGCAGACACGGGCAAAACAGAGGACUGAAAAUAGACGAGUGAAGGUGGAGAAGAAGUGGGGGGGUGUGGGGGACGACACAUGGAGGAGAGAGAGAGAGGGGAAAAAGCAGAGAGAGAGAAAGAUGAAACCUCCACCACCUCCACCCCCCGCACCCCCUCUCCUCUCUCUCUCUCUGGAUGGACUGAAUGACUGUCUUUGGUGCCCGAGUCCAACUUGAUUGGACUGGCGAUGAUUUGUGACUCCACUUAGAGUGCAGUGAAAGCUGAAGCAAGCGGUCGCUGGCUGGAAAUGGGCCCCUGAGCCCCAACUAUGGAUUCUCUAUCAGGCUUAGAAAUAACAGGAGGCCUGGAGAGUGGAGUGAAUGUGAGUGAGUGUGAGGCCUGGCAUCUCUGCUGCCUAUAAAUGCUGCGAUGUGUGUGUGUGUGUGUGUGUGUGUGUGUGUGUGUGUGUGUGUGUGUGUGUGUGUGUGUGUGUGUGUGUGUGUGUGUGUGUGUGUGCGUGCGUGUGUGUGUGUGUGCGUGUGUGUGUGCUUGUCUGUCUGGAGCUCCAUUUCCAUCCAACUGUUCAGCAAAUUUGGAAGUUUUUUGAAAUGCUGCAAUAAAAAGUUUGGGAAGAGAAUUUGUUUCCUAAAUGAUC